GAGCCGCUCGAGGCCGAGAAACAUGAACUACGGCUGUUGACGCUUCUGCCGGGAGCGUUCCACGAGCCCAUUCGAUGCACAUUGGCCAAGAUUUGCCUCAAAGACACGGAAAGACCUCUGUAUGAAGCACUCUCAUAUGUGUGGGGUGAUCCGAAGAUCACGAAGUAUGUCAUGGUUCAUGGAGCCUUGUUUCAUGUCACGAUCAACCUGGAGAGCGCUCUCCGCCAUCUUCGCGACAAGAACGACCCUCGUACACUCUGGAUCGAUGCAAUUUGUAUCAACCAGAACGUGACAGAUGGAAGGGAGGACAAGGAGCGCCAUGGUCAGGUCCGCAUGAUGGGCCAAGUCUACACCAGUGCAACGCGUGUGAUCAUCUGGCUGGGUACAGGGGAUCAAAGAGUCGUCAAUGUAAUCAAGACCCUGCAGACAGCUGGCAAAGGCUCAAUCGAUUCAGCGAGUAUGCUCAUUGCGGCACCCUUGUACCGGAUCACUUCCUUGGACUGGUUCAAUCGGGUCUGGACGAAACAAGAGAUGGUACUCGCCGUCAACGACCCAAUUAUUAUCUACGGUCGUUGCGUGAUCCCAUGGUCGCUCUUGACCGCAGUCUGUCAGCAAUUCAAGGCCGAAGUCUUGCGCACGCAUGUCGGUAUCAAAGGCGUGAUUGCGAUGAAGCAACUUGGGAUGUGGCGAAUUACCGGCCUCGACGAUCUACGGACACUAUAUCAGUCGGAUCGUGGGUUGUUGCUGAGCCAAGCUAUCCUUUGCUCUGGGUAUGCCAAAGCCACGAACCCAAGAGACAUGGUAUACGGCGUUCUUGGCAUG